AAUCUACUGUAGACAACGGCUGAUCACUAACAUCACACAAACUGGAAAAAAAACUAAUGAAAGUAUCGAGAAAGUACCUGCCCGGCAUUUUCAUUUCUAAUAAUUCUUAAAAGAGGUUCAUGCGUGAUCUUCAUUUGCAAACAAGGCUCAUUUCACUUUGCUUUACGCCACUUCUCUCUUCGACUUUUGGAGGAAUCUGACUGUAUGUACUGACACCACUUCAUUGAUCUCAUCGUAAAGGGAUUGUGACAUGGAGUUCCAUGCGUGGAUAACAUUAUUAUUUCUCUACUUAACGAUACCGUGUGUUAAAGCUAUUAACACAGAUUACAGCACACUUGAGGCACUCUGUAUUGCGAUACUUGUUCUUUUUAUCAUUUGGGUGAUUGUUAUUAUCAUUCUUAUCUGUAUAUGCAAGCAGUACAUCAACAAAGCAGCCACUAUAAGUUCAGACGAUGAUUGUUUUGGUGAAAACAGACGGAAAUCAAGUCCACGAGUUGCUCCUGAAAACACGAGCCGUCCUGAAAUGAAGGACAAAGCUUGUCAAACCGAACCUGAAUGAACUUGGUUUAAGCCAUUUUAUUUUAUUAUGUAACUCCAAAGACUUCUUCAGUCUCCUCUACUAACUCUGUUCAGAAGUACACGAAGUAAAAAUACUCUUAAACUGAACUUUCUCAGACAACCCGCACCACUGAUGUUGUUGAAGGUGUAAUUUAGUGUCUUUGUCCAUGGUGUAUCUACAUUGUAAAACUAGGACUAAAAUGCAAAGAUGAUACACAAAAUGACAAAAUAAAAUCCUUUUUUGACUUAUGAGUGAUGCACGGUAAGCGUGUGAAUAAAAAGCUGACAAUAUAGAACUAUGAUAUUGACAAUAAAAAAAUGGAAAUGAAAUUCUGACUUCAUGUUAUGUCUUAACGAUAAACUAUAGCGAUUAUUAUCCCGUGUCUUUGAAUCAGACUUCUCAAGAAUCAAAAACUACAAAGGCCUAUAUCCAUGACAACCACAUAUAAACAAAGCGAAAUAAAAUUCUAGAAAACCGCAUGAUUCGUUCAGGUACACAGCAGGGGUUGGUUACUCGUUAGCAUACGGGUUUAGGUGCACACGUUUGUAUGUUUGUGCAAACGUUUUUUAAUGUCAAGACGCGCGAGCUCGAAAACGUCGACCCAGAUUAUCAUUGUAGAUAGUUGAUAUAUAAGUUUAAUAACAGCAACAAGGGUAAAAAGAUGGACUCGAUUCAUUUGACAGUGUUUGGUAUCCUAUUGACAGCGAGUACAAUAGUGAAGGGUACAUCAAAUACAACAGACCAUUACGCUGAACCUGAAGAGAUUCGUGAUGCAAUACCAAUAGCCAUUACAAUCUUGGUAUUACUAGUCAUUCUACUCCUUAUAUUCCUCGUUAUUCUUCUGUUAUUAUGUAUGAAAUUGUGCAAGAUAGGAUCAAGAGUAAAAGACAUCGAAAGCAACACCGUAAUGACGACGUAUCGUAACGAUACUUGUGAACACUCUGAAGCAGAAACACAUCCUGCUGGAGCAACUCGACACGUCACAUCACCAGACAGAGAAGACGGUCCACCCAACACAACAGACACCCUCCCUGGAAACAGACCGCCUGAUAAUUGUACCGACAGCCCACCAGAGAAUACAACAGGCAGCCCAACUCCAUCGAUUCCCGAAUGUCAGUGCUAUGAAUGCAGAGAGAAAAGCCGUAACACUCCACCUCUUGAAACUGAAGACAGCCGACCUGGAAAUACAGAAUCCACAACGGUUGUCAACGUGUCGUCUUCAAACAACGAUCUAUCAACAACAGAACCGUUAUGUAGAUGUCGGGAAUGUGUAGAAACGGGACUAGUUACCUCAACCUCUCAUCGAUAGGAGAUCUACUGUGAAAUAUCUAGAAC